AUGCAUCGAUUUCAUCGUACUGAACUACGUCUUCUCUUAACUUGUUUUUAUAUCUAUCUCAAUUGUCAUACUAUUCUAUAUGUUAAACAAGUUAUUUUUCAUAAUUCAUUAUUAUCAUCACCUUUUACACAUCCUUAUACAUAUAUUCAUAUUCGAACUAUUGUUGGUAGUACUGUUGGAUUAGUUUAUCGUUGUCUUCUUCUCUAUGCACUAUGGCGUAAAAUGGCUGAUCUACUUUUAAUUUCAAUUAUUUUUUUAACAGCUCUCAUGUGUCUUCGAAUUAUUUUUGAUAUUUAUGGUUAUUUAUCAGGUUAUAUUAAACAAUCAUUAUAUUAUCCUUUUAAUUCUUUGGAUAAAAAAUCUAUGACAGAAGAAAUUAUUGAUUUAAUAUUUUCAUUAAUACAAAAUUCAUUUGGAUUAGUAUUAAGUAUUUAUAUGUUUAAAGAUAUAAUUAAUAAAAGUCGAACAAGAAGAAUAAUCAAAGAAUUAAAUUAUCCAUCAGUUCAAUCGGAAUAA